UCAAAAUAAUGGAGUUGGGAGAGAGAAAGGAGAGAUUUAUCAGGAAGAAGACGAGUCUCCCCUGAGACUGGGGAUUGAUCAUAUCAUAUAUAUACACAUACCCCGCGUAAAUAUAAUUUUACGCUACGAAAAAAUAAAAGGGCGGAGGAGAAGAGGGGUAGGCUCCAUAUUUUUGGGUACUUUUCGGUGACGGAAUUGUUUCUCUCUCGCGCUCUCCCGUUGCCGAUCUUCUCCCUGAAUGCCUCACCAGUGUUCAGGAGAUUUGAAUUUCGGAAUUGGGGAGCAAGGUUCCAAAGAACGAGGAAAUCAUCUGAAUUUAGAUGUACAUCUUAAAAUUGUCUUUUUGUCGUCAUUUUUGGCUUUAUGCAUUGACCAUAUUGAUGACGCUCAAGAAUUUUGCAGUCAAUUGUGGCGACUAAUAAAAGGAGGAGCGAGGGACCAAUAACAUGGUGUUCGGAGAUUAGCAACAUGAUUAUUAGUAUACACUAUAUCAUUCAUAUGACAAAAUCAAAAGAUGUGAAGGCUAAUCUCCCAGGGAAGACUAACCCUCUAGGGAUCCUCUAACUAUUAGGAGCUCCCUCAGCAUACAUAUUUGUAUAUAUAUAUACACACUCACCUGCAUGAGAUUCUUCAAGAUGGCUGUAGCUGUUGAUCAACACAAUUAUGGCUUCAAGCUAUUUGGUGGCAGACCCCCGAGAUGCAAACUCCAAUCCUACUCUCAGCUUGAUUUCUCUAAUCUUGAAGCAAGCCAAAGGAACCCCCAAUAUCCUCAAGAACAUGCGGCUUUUGAUUUUCCCAACAUCCACAAAAGUCACUCCACCCCUUGCCUGUCUCUCUCCACAAAACUUGAAGAUGAUGUUGACACUAAUCCUCCAAGAAUUGAAAUCAUAGCAGGCCAUGGAGAGCCACGUGUGCAUGCUCUGGUUAUUGAGGUUGCGAUA